UGUCAAGGCUGCUUCCCCACUCUGAACUUUAGGGUACAAAUGUGGGGGCCUGCAUGAAAACUUUUAAGCUUAACUACCAGCUUAGAUCUGGUCCGCUGCCACCACUCCCAAAGCUUAUUCCUUUCCCUGGGAAGCCUUGAGGAAACUCUUCACCAAUUCCCUGGUGAAUACAGAUCCAAACCCCUUGGAUCUUAAAACAAGGAGAAAUUAACCAUCCCCCUCCUUCCUCCCACCAACUCCUGGUGGAUCAAGAUCCAACCCCCUUGGAUCUAGAAACAGGGAAAAAUCAAUCAGGUUCUUAAAAAGAAGGCUUUUAAUGAAAGAAAAAGGUAAAAAUCCUCUCUGUAAAAUCAGGAUGGAAAAAUAACUUUACAGGGUAAUCAAACUAAAAGAGCUCAGAGGACCUCCCUCUAGCCUCAGGUUCAAAGUAUAGCAAACAAAGAUAAACACUCUAGUAAAAGGUACAUUUACAAGUUGAGAAAACAAAGUAAAACUAACACGCCUUGCCUGGCUAUUUACUUACAAGUUUGAAAUAGGAGAGACUUGUUUAGAAAGAUGUGGAGAACCUGAUGUCUGGUCCCUCUCAGUCCCAAGAGCGAACGAACUCCCAAACAAAGAGCACAAACAAAAACCUUCUCCUCCCCCCUCCCCCCAAGAUUUGAAAGUAUCUUGUCCCCUUAUUAGUCCUUUGGGUCAGAUGCCAGCCAGGUUACCUGAACUUCUUAACCCUUUACAGGGAAAAGGAUUUUGGAGUCUCUGGCCAGGAGGGAUUUUAUAGUACUGUAUACAGGACAGCUGUUACCCUUCCCUUUAUAGUUAUGACAGUUUCUAUUUUUAAAAUUCAACUUUAUUUUUUAAGGGAAUGUAUCACUCAUGGAAGGCUCUGGCUUACCAGCCCUGGGGACUGAAAUGAUCUCAUUGUCUGUGUAAGUGGCACAGCACAAGCGGCAGCAGUAUGGCUUUGCCUAUGUUGGCUUGCCCAUAUUCCUUGGUUCUGCUCUGUAGCAGCCACCUCUAGGUGUGAGAGGGCAGCUCGGUGUCCUUGAGCCCUCUGCCGAGACUGUCAUCAAAGACGGACAGCAAGUGUCAGUGGUGAUGUUUGUUUAUCCAUGUGGACUCUUGUCCAGUUAGAAGUGAGCUGGACCCACUAGCUCAUUUCACGCUGGCCACCAAACCGCCAUCGGCUGUGCUGCUGUUUCAGUGCUCGCUAUAACCUUUUCCCAAUCGCUUGUGAACAGGGAAACUUCAACUCAUGAAAACUGAACUCUCUGAAGAAUUUAAAUGUUAAGCCAUGAGUUUGUAAACUGCAGACUUGGAUGAUUGCACUCUCAGUGCAAAGCAGACUCAAGGUACCAUGAGUGGAUGAAAUCGGAGGAGCUACAGCGACUGACUGCAUCCGAGCCACUGAGCCUGGAGCAGGAGUACGAGAUGCAGCGCAGCUGGCAGGAGGAUGCAGAUAAAUGCACGUUUAUUGUACUGGACACUGAGAGGUGGUCAGGGCAAGCAGGUACCGAGGAGGACUGCAUGGUGGGGGACGUGAACCUGUUCCUCACAGAUAUGGAGGAUCCAACAGUGGGAGAGAUUGAAGUCAUGAUUGCAGAGCCCAGGUGCCGUGGCCGAGGGUUUGGCAAGGAGACAACUCUGAUCAUGAUGUUUUAUGGAGUAACAAAGCUGGGAAUUACCAAAUUUGAGGCUAAGGUCGGACAGGAAAAUGAAGCUAGUAUCUGCAUGUUCAAAAAGCUUCAUUUUAAGGAGGUUGCCGUGAACAGGGUCUUCCAGGAGGUGACAUUGAAACUGGAUGUGAAUGAGCAGCAGAGACAGUGGCUCCUGGAGCAAACUAACCACGUGGAGGAGAAAAAUUAUAGUGUGUUGAACCUACAGACCCGUGCCUCUGAGACUUGACACCUCUUCCAGAAGCAGGCAGGCCACACCCCUGCUAAGUCUCCAGGGAGGAAGAGUUUGACAACAUUACUGAGUUCAAGUAUGGAAAACACCUUGGGACCAAGAGUGAAUCAAACAACAAACUGUUUUGUUAUUACUCCACAUACCUGUUGUACCACCUGUGAAAUGUUGAUCUUCCACUGCAAUCCAGACAGAGCAUCUACAGCGGCAUUCCUUUGAAAUAGUGCCUGGAAGCUGGGAUGGAUGAACAGAUGCUAACAGGUUAAGCAUAGAAAUACACCUUGGCUGGGAAUGGCCCUUUUAGCCACAGAGCUCCCUCUACCCUGUUCUAGGAAGGGACUCUCUACACCUCCAGGGCCUAUAAACAUUAGUGAAUUGGCCAGCAAUGCUGUCAGUCUGUGGAUGAGCAGAGUAGAUUGGGUUCCUAGCUAAAACCCCACCAUCCUUAGCAGAGUUCCUAGUGUCACAAAUGAAGUCUGAGCCACAAGAGACUCUGGCCUGCUUUGUCACACAAACUGAUACAUACAAUGUGACAACAUGAUCUGGUAUGCAAAGUAGCUCCAUUGCCAUCCUUGGCUGGUAAAGUGGUGGUUACAAGAUUUAAAAAAAUAAUAAAAUACAUAAGACUUAAACCAGUGGGGCUGUCCGUGGAUCUGCUAGACAAGGUGUUAAUAUUCCAGGUACUGCAGGCACCAGGCUUUCCCCUCCUGGCCUCUGUGCUUAGUCCUGGGGUGCCACCAUUGGCAGCUGCCCCGCCAUCCAUCUGUGCAUGCUCAAACCCGUUGUGUAGCUCAUCACAGCUCUUGGUUAGUGUGAGCACAGCUUAGUAGGAGAGGCCGGGACAACUAAGAUCUGAGAGGGAUUGAGUGCCCUCCUCUCCCAUUGAAGUGAAUUUGACUUGUGGGUACUUCAUAAGGGACACUUGGCUGACUUCCCUUGAACCAGCAAUGGUAAACUAUUACAUUUCUAAAAGGUUAGGAACUAAUGUGCUAAACUGCCAGCAUGUAAAAAGCGGGAAAUCAAAGAGGAUGGAAUGAGAGUACUAAAUUACUUCUGUGCAUCAGACUUCACCAGAUGAUGAUUUUUGAUGGGUAGAAAUGCCUGUCUCAGUGCUGCUUGGUACAGGUACUGAAAAAGGUCAUCGCUGUGAUGGGGUAUCCAUAAAAAGGUGAAUGAGGAAAUUAAAUUGCACAGAGGAUGUAAAGAAUAAAGCAGCUGAUCUGCUACUAUGCUUAUUUAAAACCAUCUACGUUACAAGUCCACCAGAGAAUGGCUAACCCCCUGGAACCCAGCCUUUAAGGAUGCAAUAAAUAAAACCUGUGGAACUGA